CGCAAAGGCGGGGGCUGUGUUUCUGGCCGGAGCACUCUCUCGCCUCUCCCGGAAGCGGCUCCCACUGCCUUAGUUAACGGUGGCGGCGACCGAGCAGCGAUGGAUCUGGAGCAGGCGAAAUCGUUCACAGACCGCUGUUCACAGUGUGCUGCUGUCUCCUGGGGUCUUACCGAUGAAGGAAAAUACUAUUGCACUUCCUGCCACAAUGUCACAGACCGGUCUGAGGAAGUUGUGAGCACUGCAGUCAUUCCCAACACCAAGAUCAACUCCAUCUGCAGGGGGCUGAGGAAGAGAAGCAGGCAUGAGAAAGGCUGGGAUUGGUAUGUGUGUGAAGGUUUUCAGUGCAUACUUUACCACCAGGCGGAGGCCUUGAAGACCCUCGGAGUAGGCCCAGAGCUAAAGGACAAAGUUUUACACAAUUUUUGGAAGCGUUAUCUUCAGAAGAGCAAGCAGGCCUAUUGUAAAAACCCGGUUCGUACAAGCAGAAAGAAAGCCAAGGUAUUGGAAGACAAUCAGCAGAGUUCAGAUUGGGCCAGUGAACUUGAGCUGCUAAGUGAUACCUCCUAUCCCCUUGAAAGUGGAGCAGAGUUCCAGUCUGAGCCCCAGAUUCCAAAGCCUUUCCCUGUCACCAAAGCAUCACCAAAGUCAGAAGCCCCAGAUGUCUGUUCUGGAUCUGUUGAUGGAGUGGAAUACUCAGAGUGGAAGGAGAAGGGUGUCCUGAAGAUGACUGUACCCAGGACCCUGGCUCUCUGCUCUCUGUCCUUGCUCUGGCAGAGAGAAACCAUUACUCUCUCUGACCUUCUGAGGUUUGUUGAAGAGGACCGCAUUCCAUACAGAAAUGCUUUUCAGCUUUUUCCAGAAGAGAUGAAAGUCUAUGGUCGCGAUAAAGGCAUCUUUGCUAUCGAGUCUUGGCCUGACUAUGAAGACAUCUAUAAAAACAUGAUUGAAGUCGCCAUAUUUUUAGAUUUACCUCGUUUUCCAGACAUAACUGAAGAUUGCUACCUUCAUCCCAACGUCUUGUGCAUGAAAUAUUUACUGGAGUUCAAUCUCCCUGACGAAAUGCACAGUUUGACCUGCCAAGUGGUAAAGAUGACUGGAAUCGGAGAAGUGGACUUCCUGACAUUUGAUCCUAUAGCUAAAAAGAAAAGGACAGUUAAAUAUGACGUGCAGGCUGUGGCUGUCAUUGUGGUAGUGUUAAAACUACUCUUUUUGCUGGAUGACAGAUUAGAAUGGUCUUACUCUGCGCUUGCUGAAACAUAUAAUGAAGAACACAAAGAAGAUAAACCGCAGUUUGAUUUCAGAAAAUGGUACCAAGUUAUGAAGAAAACCUUUGAUGAGAAAAGACGACAAUGGGAAGAAGCAAGGGCCAAAUAUUAUUGGAAAACCAAAAGACCGAUCUACCGUUCGCACAUCGACAAAUCAGUCGCGUAUAAGAGAAGAGAAAUGGUGAAGAAUCUUCAGAAGCAAUUCAGUGCCCUGCUUGGCACAACACCUGUGGUGGAAAAGAAGGCCCCUUCAAGUUUUCAGUUCAGCUGGACUGAAGGAGACACCGAUAGCCCUUGUUUCCAUGGACAUAGCCUCCAGGGACUCCUGAUAACGAAAGGCCAGUCCUUGAUAACCAAAAACUCACUGUAUUGGCUCAGUACCCAGAAAUUCUGCAAAAGCUACUGUAAACAUGUGACAACCUAUGAAGAGUCAAACUUUUCUCUGAGUUACCAGUUUAUACUAAACAUCUUCUCAUUCUUACUAAGAAUAAAGACUUCUGUUCUCCAUGAAGAAGUGAGCUUAAUUGAAAAGAAACUUUUUGAAAAAAAAUACAAUGAAUCAAAAAGGAGGUCAAGACCCAAAAAAGUAAGAAGACACUGAGAACCAGAGAAGGGUGUGCUCUAUAGGAUAACAUCGGAUCUUAGGGAAUUGUGGAAAACACAUUAUUCUAUACACAUACAUAUUGAUAUAUAUCUUUAUAUGCAUUGUAAAAUAUGUGAACUUUGAAUUAUUUUCAUAAAUUUUUUUUCAGGAAAGUAAAAAAUUGUGUAAAUGA